ACUGCCCGCCCCCACUCCACAGCCCUCUUGGGGCACAAGCCUCUUCUUGGGGCACAAGCCUCUUCUUUUGGUUUACCUCAGGCCGGUUAUACUGCCCCCACUUGAAAGGUUAUAGCGUGCAGGCGCCGUGAGUGAGUGCUUCAGCGGCUCAUCCGUCAGCACCUGCCCUCCUCUCGCAGUACUCUCCUCCCUCGCCCCCUCUUUCUGACACCCUCGUCCAUCCUGACUCCUCCUUUUCUCCCGUGCGCCACCGUGGCUGUCCUGACCCGGGGGGGGGAAGGGUGGCCGCCCUGAGGCCUUUGCCCCUGGACGGCUCUCGCAAAUGUUUAACUGGGAGCUGCUGCCGCUCCUACAGUACUUUGGAGGGUCCAAGGCCGAAGUCUUGUGCGCCAACGGGCAAAGCGCGUCCGGCUGCUUCUGCGGCACCACCAGCUGCUGUUUUUUUGCCCCCGCGUCGGCGAAGCCGAAGGCUCGCAGAAGCCUCCCGCAAUGAAGACUGUAGUGAAAUAUCUGUUGGGAUUUCUUGGUGUUGCAGUUCUCUUUACAGCCAUUGCUGUUCCUGUGGCUUUAUUGACAAAUCAAAGUGCUCAUGACCCCCGCAGGAAAUUUGGUCUACAAGAUUAUUUGAGUGGUGAUUUUCAGUACAAAUCAUACAAUCUGGAGUGGGUUUCAGGAAAUCAGUAUCUCCACACAAGGCAGAGCAAUGUCUUUCUCAUCAAUGCUGAUGAUGGAACAGAGUCAGAAAUCUUGGCAAACAUCACAUUAGCCACUUAUAAUAGUUCUGAGGCAAUAUUGUCACCUGACCAAAAUUUUGCUCUUCUGCGAUACAAUUAUGAGAAGAUGUGGAGACAUUCAUACAAUGCAUCAUACCACAUCUAUAAUCUGCAUAAUAGGUCCUUAGUAACUGAUAACCCACUUCCUGAGAAUAUCCAGUACAUAUCUUGGUCACCUGAUGGUCACAAACUGGCUUAUGUUUGGCAUAACAACAUUUAUGUGAAAACAACACCAAAUGCCCUCGCUGUCCAGAUAACCAAAAAUGGAGAAGAAAACAAAAUUUUUAAUGGAUUGGCAGACUGGGUUUAUGAAGAGGAAAUGUUUGGCACUCAUUCUGCUCUGUGGUGGUCUCCAAAUGGCAGCUUUUUAACAUAUGCAGAGAUUAACGAUACCGAAGUUCCUGUUAUUGAGUAUUCGUUUUAUUCAGAAGAUACGCUGCAGUAUCCAAAGACCAUUAGACUUCCAUAUCCUAAGGCAGGUGCUACAAAUCCAACUGUAAGGCUAUUUGUUUUGAACAUCCAGUCUCUUCCCCAUAUCAAUUCCACUGAAAUUGUUGCACCGACUAGCAUAACGUCAGGGGAUCACUACCUGAGUGUUGUAACAUGGGUGACCAAUGAGAGAAUAUGUCUGCAAUGGCUCAAAAGAAUUCAGAAUUUUUCAGUACUUGCGAUCUGUGACUACUCCAGAGAAAGUGGAACUUGGCAAUGUCCACAGGAAAAACAACGUACUGAAGAAAGUAAAACUGGUUGGAUUGGCAGAUUUCAACCUUCUGUGCCUUACUUUGCCCCUGACAAUGCCAGCUACUACAAAAUCAUCAGCAACACAGAUGGCUAUGAGCACAUCUAUCGCUUUAAUAGCACAGGAACAGUGAUGCCCAUUACAAAUGGACCAUGGGAGAUAAUCAGCAUAGCUGCUGUAACGAGUAACUUUAUAUACUUUAUCAGUAAUGAAUUUGAAAGUAAGCCAGGAGGAAGAAAUCUGUAUAAAGUGGAAUUAAAUAGUUUAGCAAAAACAUGCAUUAGUUGUAUUCUAGACAAAGAAAGAUGUCAGUAUUAUUCAGCAUCCUUCAGCACAGAUGCAAGAUACUAUAAGCUGAAUUGCUAUGGUCCUGGUGUGCCUUAUUUCAGCUUGUACAACAGCAGUACAGAUAAAGUUCUUAAGUUCCUGGAAAACAACACGGAUUUUGACAAUCUGCAGAAGGAUGUCCAGAUGCCCUCUAAAAUACUAAAGACCAUUACACUGCAUGGACAAACAUUCUGGUAUCAGAUGAUCUUACCUCCUCACUUUGAUUCAUCUUCAUCAAAAAAGUACCCUCUGCUCAUUGAUGUGUACGCAGGGCCUUGUAGUCAGAAGGUAGAUUAUGCAUACCGGAUCGCUUGGGCUACAUACCUUGCAAGUACAGAAGAGAUUAUUGUGGCUAGUUUUGAUGGCAGAGGAAGUGGCUAUCAAGGAGACAAAAUCAUGCAUGCAAUAUAUCGAAGGCUAGGAACCUAUGAAGUUGAAGAUCAGAUCUUGGCGGCCAAAACAUUUUCUGAAUUGAGCUUUGUUGAUAAGGACAGAAUAGCUAUUUGGGGCUGGUCAUAUGGUGGUUAUGUGACCUCUAUGGUGCUGGGAUCAGGAAGUGGUGUGUUCAAGUGUGGAAUAGCUGUUGCCCCUGUGUCACGAUGGCAAUAUUAUGAUUCUAUAUACACUGAACGUUACAUGGGUUUUCCUGAAGAAGGUGAUAACCUGCAUAAUUAUGAGAAUUCCACAGUUAUGGCAAGAGCUCAAAAGUUCAAAGAAGUUGAGUAUCUCCUCAUCCAUGGAACAGCGGAUGAUAACGUUCACUUUCAGCAAUCAGCCCAGAUUUCAAAAGCUCUGGUUGAUGCAGAGGUGGAUUUCCAAGCGAUGUGGUAUACAGAUAAAGAUCAUGGAAUUGGAGGCCAGGCCCAUAGCCAUAUUUACACCCAUAUGAGCCAUUUUAUCAAACAGUGUUUUGCACUGUCAUAAGACCAGGAAGACACAUUGCCUCUCAUACUGGUUGGCUUGUGAAGUUCUGAAAAAACAAGAGCACUUUCCUAAUUCAUUGUCUCAUCUUUCAUUGAACUGAGACAAUAAAAUUUUAUUUCACUGGACA